AUGACUAAACGUAUUGCAAUUAUAGGCGCAGGAAUCUCAGGUUUAACAACAAUAAAACAAUGUUUGGUUGAUGACUUGAUUCCAAUUUGCUUUGAACAAAAUUCUUUUAUCGGUGGAAUAUGGAGAUAUGAAGAUGUCUAUGAAAAAAACAAUGAUCCUUAUCCUUCAGUUUAUAAAGGUGUUUUAACCAACACAUCUAAGGAAAUGACAACGUUUUCUGAUUUUCCAAUUCCGGUAGACUGGCCGACUUAUUUGAAUCAUUCACUAGUAGAAAAGUACAUUAAUAUGUACGCUGAACAUUUUAAUCUUUUACCUCAUAUUAAAUUUAAUACUGCCGUGUUAAAUAUAUCUAUACUUCCUGAUAAACGUUGGAAAGUUAAAUAUAUUAUUCAAUGUGAAAAUGAAGAAAAAGACGAAGUUUUUGAUUUCGUAAUUGUUUGUACCGGCAAACAUCGCAAACCAAAAUGGCCCGAAUUUAAAGGAAUGAAUUUAUUUAAAGCUAUAGAUUUUGAAGAUAAACGUGUUUUGGUGGUUGGUUGUGCUAAUAGUGCAAUGGACAUCGCGGUUGAAUUAACUCAUGCCGCAUCACAAGUCUAUUUAAGCAUUCGCAGAGAAAAACUUCCAUGGAUAAUACCGCGUUUUAUAAAUGGUAAAGCGCAUGACCAUAGUCCAUCUCGUUUCUCUGCAUAUAUGAUUCCACCUUUUAUUAGAGGAAAAAUACUUGAAAAUAAUAUAAUUAAACCUUUUUCGUUUCCUCCUAAUUUAAUGCCUAAUGAACCUUUAAUUACUUCACUUCCUGUUAUAAAUUUUGAAGUUUUUCAAUGCCUUACAGCUGGUACAGUUAUUGUGAAAUCGGAUAUUAAAGAACUUAAAUCUGAGAAUAAUCUAAUUGAAUUUGUUGAUGGGACUAUCUUAGAGAAUAUUGAUGUUGUUAUUUAUUCUACUGGUUAUGAUAUCGAAUAUCCAUUUUUAGAAAAUCAUAUUUUUACUGGUGGGGAUGAAAUUGUUCAAGAGUUUGAAAAAGAUUUUUAUAAUUUAAUUUGGUUGUACAAAUCAAUGUUUCCUCCAAAGUAUCCAAAUAUUGCUUUUAUAGGAUUGACUUUAGCAGUUGGUGCUAAUUUACCAAUCAGUGAAAUGCAAGCACGUUACAUAACAAGUCAUAUUAAAGGAUUGAUCAAGCCAUUCCCAUCUCAAUAUGAAAUGGAAAAAUCUAUACGUAAUAAUUAUGAAAAAGUUCGUAAAAAUUCUUGCAAACAUGCUCGUAAUGCUAUUCGACAAAAUUACCUAUCUUAUAUGGAUAAUUUGAGCAAAGAUAUUGGUUGUUAUCCUUAUUCUUAUGAGAUAAUUAAGAAGUUUGGCUUUAGAUUUUGGCAAUUAAUUAUGUUUGGCAUAGCCACUCCUAUACAAUAUCGGUUGCUAGGAAGGGAUUCUUGGGAAGGUGCAAAAGAAGUUAUUUUGCUUUAUAACAAAGAUAAUUUUAAUCAUAUUGUUAGAAGUUCCAAAUGA